AUCGCUCUAACCUCUAUCGAUCAACCCGAAAUCCGUGGAAGCUUGCACGGGCUGAAAAUGACACAACACCAAUUCACAAGUCGUUCGAAUAAUCCAUUAUCAAUAUUACUGUAAUGAGCUCGGAUUUUGAUAAGGAGGUGUCGUCGGAUGACCUCCGGCACGAAAGUGAGCUUGCAUUAUUUGAUCGCGCUAUCCGAAAACUUAUCAAUUCUUCGCUGAAGGCAGCUUCUACGCGUACGUCGAUGCGCUUUGCACCGAGGAUGGAGAGCACGAAGGGGAGGUCGAGGCUGAAUUUGUCGAUCGCACGGCCGAAGACGGCGAAGUGCAGGCACCGGAUUUACAUAGCUACUCGAAGAGUUAUCUGUUUGACCUUGUUUACGUGGAAAAGCAGCAGGAAGAGGAUGAGGAGGAGGGAGAAGAGGAGACAACUCGAGCUUACGAGGACCAUGGUUUCUCGCCUGUCGGACACGUGACUUUGAGCGAGCAACAACGCCGGGAAAUCGUGCAGAAAAUCAAAGAUUUGUUUAGCGAGACUAAGGUGCUGAUGGUCGUCAACAAGUUUCUUCAGAAAAGCUACAUCGACGCGAAUCGCAAGUCGCCUUCGAUGGCCAACGCGCUCGACAAGUUCGACGAAAGUUUGAUCUUCGAGGACAGCCGGUAAUGCAGCUUUUCGGGACAGCUCGAUCCGAUAUCGACGAGUCGUAAAGGUCGGCACUCGCGAACGUAGGUACCAAGCGGCAUUGGAAAAGUUUGCGCAAACGCGUCUCUACGUCGACGGAAGAACGGCAUCCCUCACGGUGGACUUGGGUGAUCUGGAAAACUGGCGCGCUGGCGCAGAGUCCGAGUACGCGCGGACUUUCGAAGAUCUGCUAUCGCAGCAACUGGCGCUCGCCAAAAAAACAAAGCCGCCAAAGUACACCAAAGAGCUGUGGCUGGCGCGGGUCGAGCAGCUGCUCAAUAAUCAGCGGCAAAGAGCCGCGGAAGUGACCAAGAUCCGAUUGGCUCAGGUGCACCUGCAAGGUAAACUGGCCAAAGUAACGGCCAGACUGAAGGGAUUUGAUUCGUUGGGUCCAGGAUUCUCCAUCAUGGACUACGAGUAUCUGCUCAAGCGAAACAGUGUCUACAGCGAGAGGCGCGACGAGCAACGCGAGCACAUCGUCAAGCUCAACGAGAGAAACUUGAUUUCAGCCGCGAUAAUCCGACACGUCGACGAGGAGGCCGACAUGUACAACGAGAAAGUCGUCGAGAAUUCGGAUCGCUUGGACGCACUCGUCGACGGAAACAAACGCGAACGGUCUAAGGCCGUCGACUUGGCCAAGACUAAGGUGUCGCUGAGCAAGGCCAUGGGCAAGCUGAGGGAACAGAUUGGUCUGCUCAACUAUCCGUUUUCGUUUCGGAAAAUGGAGCGCGACCUACGAGAAAUAGCCGAGCUGAGAAAGCGCGGCGACAGCCUGCACGCGAGAAUGAUCGCGGACGCGGAGAAAAUAGCCAAAUGCCGCCUGUAG